AGAAGCGGCCUUUCCCUCGCGCGACAACACACGAUGAAAACGGGCGGCGGCGAGGCUGCUAAAGCUCACUACGCUCUACGACCGUUAGCUUAUCCCACAGCAGCCAAGUGAAGACACCGAGUGCGCACCGGGGAACCUCCGCCUGUUCACCUCCUGGGUCGCCCCGAGUGAACCCGCCAAGUGGGUGGCACCUAUCGGAAGAACGGCAAUUGUUCGUGAGCGCUGCGCGGCAAGUGAAGACUCCAGCUAGCUAGAGAGCUAGCAAGCCAGCUGCCGGUGGACGGAAUGGAGCUCAUCACAAUCCUCGAGAAAACCAUCUCUCCAGAUCGGAAUGAACUGGAGGCGGCACAGAAGUUUCUGGAGCAGGCGGCCAUAGAGAACCUGCCGACCUUCCUGGUGGAGUUGUCGAAAGUGUUGGCCAAUCCUGGAAAUACACAGGUGGCCCGAGUGGCGGCGGGCCUUCAGGUGAAGAACUCUCUGACUUCCAAAGACCCUGAUGUCAAGGCUCGCUACCAGCAAAGAUGGCUCGCCGUGGAUGCUGCCGCUCGCUGCCAGAUCAAAAACUACGUUCUGCAGACUUUGGGCACGGAAACAUACCGGCCCAGCUCGGCAUCGCAGUGCGUCGCCGGGAUCGCCUGUGCGGAGAUUCCAGUCAACCAGUGGCCUGAGCUCAUCCCGCAACUGAUGGCCAACGUCACCAACCCGUCCAGCACGGAACACAUGAAGGAGUCCACUCUGGAGGCCAUCGGAUACAUCUGUCAGGACAUUGAUCCCGAGCAGCUGCAAGAAAGCGCCAACCAGAUCCUGACGGCCAUCAUCCAGGGCAUGAGGAAGGAGGAGCCAAGCAACAAUGUCAAACUGGCGGCCACCAACGCUCUCCUCAACUCUCUGGAGUUCACCAAAGCUAACUUUGACAAGGAGACGGAGAGACAUUUCAUCAUGCAGGUGGUAUGCGAGGCCACACAGUGUCCUGACACCAGAGUGCGGGUGGCAGCCCUUCAGAACCUGGUCAAGAUCAUGUCUUUGUACUACCAGUACAUGGAGACCUACAUGGGUCCGGCUCUGUUUGCGAUUACCAUUGAGGCAAUGAAGAGCGAAAUCGACGAUGUGGCCUUACAAGGCAUAGAGUUCUGGUCCAACGUGUGUGACGAGGAGAUGGACCUCGCCAUCGAGGCCUCGGAGGCGUCAGAGCAGGGGCGCCCCCCCGAGCACACCAGUAAAUUCUACGCCAAGGGAGCGCUGCAGUACCUGGUGCCCAUCCUUACCCAGACCCUCAUCAAGCAGGACGAGAACGAUGACGAUGACGACUGGAACCCGUGCAAGGCGGCAGGCGUGUGUCUGAUGCUGCUGUCCACUUGCUGUGAGGACGACGUGGUUCCGCACAUCUUGCCCUUCAUCAACGACAACAUCAAACACCUGGACUGGCGCUACCGCGACGCCUCCGUCAUGGCCUUUGGAUCCAUCCUGGAAGGACCGGAACCAAACCUACUGAAACCACUAGUCAUCGAGGCAAUGCCCACCCUGAUCGAGCUGAUGAAGGACCCGGGCGUGGUGGUGAGAGACACCACGGCGUGGACGGUGGGGAGGAUCUGCGAGCUGCUGCCAGAAGCUGCCAUCAACGAGGUCUACCUGGCUCCACUUUUGCAGUGUCUGAUUGAAGGCCUGGGGGCGGAGCCCAGGGUGGCCAGCAACGUGUGCUGGGCCUUCUCGUCUCUGGCCGAGGCAGCCUACGAGGCCACGGAGGCCGCCGAGGACCAGGAGGAGCCCGCCACCUACUGUCUGUCGUCCUCUUUUGAACGCAUCGUUCAGAAACUACUGGAGACCACUGACAGACCCGAUGGCCACCAGAACAACCUGCGCUCCGCCGCCUAUGAGGCGCUGAUGGAGAUUGUGAAGAACAGCGCCAAGGACUGUUACCCCGCAGUCCAGAAGACUACACUGGUCAUCAUGGAGCGACUGCAGCAGGUCUUACAAAUGGAGUCCCACAUCCAGAGCACCUCAGACAGAAUUCAGUUCAACGACCUGCAGUCCCUCCUGUGUGCCACUCUUCAGAACGUUCUCCGUAAGGUGCAGCACCAGGACGCCUUGCAGAUCUCUGACGUGGUGAUGGCAUCCUUGCUGAGGAUGUUCCAGAGCACGGCCGCUUCCGGUGGCGUGCAACAGGAAGCGCUCAUGGCGGUCUCCACCCUGGUGGAAGUUCUGGGAGCAGAAUUCCAGAAGUACAUGGAGGCCUUCAAGCCCUUCCUCACCAUCGGACUUAAGAACUAUGCUGAGUAUCAGGUGUGUCUGGCUGCCGUGGGCAUGGUGAGCGACCUGUGCAGGGCUCUGUCCACCAACAUCCUGCCCUACUGCGACGAGAUCAUGCAGCUCCUUCUGGAGAACCUCGGGAACGAGAACGUCCAUCGGUCGGUCAAGCCUCAGAUUCUUUCCGUGUUUGGAGACAUCGCCCUGGCCAUUGGGGGAGAGUUUAAGAAAUAUCUGGAAAUAGUUUUGGACACACUGCAGCAGGCAUCUCAGGCCCAGGUGGACAAGACGGACUACGACAUGGUGGACUACCUAAACGGACUGCGUGAAGGCUGUCUGGAGGCGUACACUGGCAUCAUUCAGGGCCUGAAGGGUGACCAGGAGAACGUACACCCUGACGUGAUGCUCGUGCAGCCUCGCGUAGAGUUCAUCCUGUCCUUCAUCCAUCACAUAGCCGAGGAUGACGAUCACUCUGAUGUGGUGGUGGCCAACGCUGCUGCGCUCAUCGGGGACCUGUGCACGGCCUUCGGCAAAGACGUCAUGAAGCUGGUGGAGGCUCGUCCACUCAUCAACGACCUGCUGACAGAAGGACGGCGCUCCAAAACCAGCCGGACCAAACUGUUGGCCACGUGGGCCACCAAGGAGCUCCGCAAGCUGAAGAGCCAGGCCUGAUGUGUCUGGCGGGACUCCAGAGUGAGACGUAUGCAUUGGACGUCUGGACGUUGAGGACAAAAUGGAUGACGUCGUAUGCCUGGCGACGCCUCAACUUGAUUGACGUGAGAUGAUGAUGAUGAGUGUAUGAGAGAUGAUGACAUCACCACCUUCAGCUCCACCAGGCCCCCCACCCCCAAAGCCUGUGGAGAACUGACUCCUCCCCUUUAGAAAACACCCCCUGUGCCGCGCCUCCUGUCUCGCCGUGGCCGAGCUCGCCAACAUCUGCUGCGCCUCCCUCCAGGUGGGGGAGGGGCACUAAUCACAAACACUUUUUGUUGCUCUUACUUUUCUUCUGAUCAAACGUGGCGGAGGAUUGACAGACGCCACCUGGCCCGCCCCUGUCCAUUGGCCCGUAAACGACUCCAGCACUCAGUAGUUUGACAAUAAAAGCACUUGAGGGGGGCAAGUGCCAAAUGGAAGUUGGGUCACUCAACAUUUUGAAGAUGUUUGUUAAAGGUUCUAUUUUUCCAUUGUUCUGAAGAAAAACACAAUAAAAAUAUGAAACAUUCCCCAAGCA